AUGUUGCCUAAACUUUCAAAAUGCUUCAGCUUCACCGCUUCAAGGGACUGGUUUUACCGUCAUUCCUUCGCCAUGGCGGGGCUCCGCUCCGUCGCCACCGACCUUGGUGACGGAACCACCAUGCAUUGUUGGGUACCCAAAUUGCACAAACCAUGCAAGCCCACUCUUGUUUUGAUUCAUGGUUUUGGCGCCAAUGCAAUGUGGCAGUAUGGGGAACACAUUCGGCACUUCAUUGGGCAUUUCAAUGUGUACGUGCCGGAUCUUCUCUUCUUCGGUGAGUCCUUCACGUCACGGCCUGAGAGAACGGAGUCGUUUCAGGCCACGUGUGUGGUGAAGUUCAUGGAGGUUCAUGGGGUUCAAAGAAUGAACUUGGUGGGGAUCAGCUAUGGUGGGUUUGUGGGGUAUAGUGUGGCUGCUCAGUUCCCUGAGGCGGUGGAGAGGUUGGUGCUGUGUUGUGCUGGGGUUUGUUUGGAGGAAAUUGAUAUGAAAAAUGGGCUGUUUAGGGUUUCCUCUUUGGAUGAGGCUUCAAGCAUUUUGUUGCCACAAACCCCAGAUAAGCUCAGGGAACUGUUGAAGUUGUCGUUUGUGAGGCCUGCUAGGGGUGUGCCUUCUUGGUUCCUUGAAGAUUUCAUUCAUGUGAUGUGUACAAAUCACAUUGAACAGAAGAGAGAGCUGCUUGAGGCAAUACUAAAAGGUCGUCAGCUUUCCGAUCUUCCAAAGAUCAAUCAGAACACUCUAAUCCUGUGGGGAGAACAAGAUCAGGUAUUCCCUCUGGAAUUAGGAUACAGAUUAAAAAGUCAUAUAGGGGAAAGUGCACAAAUGGCAGUGAUCAAGAAUGCAGGGCAUGCGCUGAACAUAGAGAAAUCCAAAGAAUUUGCCAAACACUUGAAAUCAUUCCUCAUUGAUUCAAAGUCAUGCCCCUCCUCACCACUUUCUUUCAGAGAGCACAUUCAGAAGACAUUGUCGUUUGAUUUCAUUAGGAAUGUGUCAGGCUGGGGUGCAUUGGCAUGGUGUGGUGGUCUAUUAUUACAGGCAAAAUUGGGAACCAAAUUGUUUUUGAUGGUGCUAAUGUUUUAUUAUCUUUCUUCGAAAUUUCUCUACUUGUCUGUGAUUGAUAUUGCUAAUAAGUAA